AUGGCUCCUAUCCGCGUAGGAAUCGUGGGGUUAUCGAGCAAACCGAGUGCAUGGGCAACUCUGGCACAUCUGCCUCGACUGGCCAACUCCCCAAACUACAAGAUUGUAGCGUUGUGCAACUCGAGCUUGGAGUCCACAAAGGCAGCCAUCAAAGCACUCAAUCUUCCGGCAUCCACAAAGGCGUACGACUCUUAUGACCAGAUGGCCGCUGAUCCCGAUGUCGACUUAUACGUGGUGUCAACGCGAGUCGACACCCAUUACGAUGUCGCCAUGCCAGCCCUGAAAGCCGGACGUAACGUCUAUGUGGAAUGGCCACUCGCUGCAACGACCGAGCAGGCAAAGGAGAUGGCGACUCUGGCCCGAGAGAAGAAUGUGAAGACCAUCAUCGGCCUUCAAGGUCGCGUGGCCCCCAGUGUCAGGAAGGUAAAGGAAAUCAUCGACUCUGGGGCUCUCGGAGAAAUCCACAGCGUAAAUCUCCAAGGGGCGAUUCACGUAUGGCAAAAUAAUGCCGUGAGCGAGAGAUACCAAUAUUUUAUGGAUCGCAAAGUUGGUGGGAAUCUGUUGACCAUCUAUGGCGGCCACAUCCUCGACUCCAUCCUGUAUGCGGUGGGGGAGCUGAAACCAGGCAGCUACACUCCUUUGGCGGUCAACCUGCGGCACAAAAUGCGGACCAUGAAAUCUGACGGAUCGUUGUCGGAGGAGCUCUUCGACAAAGACACACCCGAUCAGAUCCUCCUGCAAGGACGCCUGGACAGACACCCAUCCGCAGUGUUCAGUUUCCACCUGAGAGCCGGAGACAGGUUCAUCGGACAGCCGGGGUCAACGUGGAGGAUAUACGGCACCAAGGGCGAACUGGCCGUCGAAUUCGCGAGUGCUGGACCGCAGAUGGCCAAGGCAACCAGCAUACGCUUCUCCAACGCAGAGAAAGGCAUCGUCGAGGAUUUCAACGUGGACGAAGGUGGCCAGGAAUGGACCGACUUGCCAACUCCAGCUCAGAACAUUGGUCGACUAUAUGAGGCGUAUGCUACAGGAGAAUCCUAUGGUGACUUUGAUCUCGCUGUCAAGAGGCACGAGCUCAUGGACGACUUCUGGGCGUCGUUGCAGGAGUGA